UCGCCUGCGAAGGUGGCGGGGGCCUGUGGGGCUGGAGGGGCUGGGCCCGGGGCUGGCCCCGGGCGGGGAUGGGGCAGAGCGCAAGCAACCGGUAUGGCCCUGCUGUUGCUGCUGGGGCAGCUGCUGGCGCUCAUGGGCCAUGGGGGCGCGUUCUACCUCGAGGUCCGCGAGCUGGAGGAGAAGUGCUUCAUACAGGAGAUCCCCGAUGGUAUCGUGGUCAUAGGUAACUACAAGACGGAGCUCUACGACCCCGCUAUGGAAAAGUACCAGCCCUCCCCGCAGUGGAUCAAUUUGUUCGUGUUUGUGAAAGACCCCGAGAACAAGAACCUUCUGGCCCAACAGUACGGCCCUCAGGGCAGCUUCACCUUCACCUCCCAGUCUCCCGGAGAGCACCAGAUCUGCCUCCACCUUGAGUCCAUCCGGUUCGCCCUCUUCUAUGAUGGCAAGCUGGCCAUUCACUUGGACAUGCAGUUGGGUGAACACACCAACGAUUAUGCGGAAUUUGCAGCCAAGGACAAGCUGACCCAGAUGCAUCUGCGUGUACAGCAGCUUGUGGAGCAGGUGGAGUUGAUCCAGAAGGAGCAGGAGUAUCAGAGGUGGCGAGAGGAGCGCUUCCGGCAGACCAGCGAGAGCACCAACCAGCGGGUGCUGUGGUGGUCCAUUCUGCAGACCUUCAUCCUGGUUGCCACGGGUGUCUGGCAGAUGCAGCACCUCAAGAGUUUCUUUAAAGCCAAGAAGCUGGUGUAGUUGGGCCCCAGAAACCUAGCCCCAACUCAUUCCCCUUCUGUUAACUGAUGGAAAGUGGCCUGGCCUGGUCUAUUUCCUGGCUCCCAAUCCCCCAACCCUGCAGGGGGGACAGAGGACCUCUUUCAACUGGUUUCUCAGCCAGCAUUUGGGAGAGGAUGGGUUGCCCACUAGAUGCUUGGUCGGGGAGCUGCAGGAUUUUGUGGCUCUGUGCUGUUGAGGAGGAAGGUGAGGGUGCCCCACACCCCUGGCUAAACCGGAUGGAUGAACUGUCCCAAGAUGGAGAGAAUUAAGCAUGAAUUAAGAGUGACUAUAAACUGCAACCUUUCUGACCUAAACA